GAGCAAUACAAUCUGUUGUAACUGAAAAUGUCUGACGGUCUGGAUAAUGAAGAGAAACCCCCAGCUCCCCCACUGAGGAUGAAUAGUAACAACCGGGAUUCUUCUGCACUCAACCACAGCUCCAAACCUCUUCCCAUGGCCCCUGAAGAGAAGAAUAAGAAAGCCAGGCUUCGCUCUAUCUUCCCUGGAGGAGGGGAUAAAACCAAUAAGAAGAAAGAGAAAGAGCGCCCAGAGAUUUCUCUUCCUUCAGACUUUGAGCAUACGAUUCAUGUGGGGUUUGAUGCAGUCACCGGGGAAUUCACUAAAUCCCCUUGCCAGACCUCUAGACCUGUGACGGUCGCUUCAAGUCAAUCAGAGGGAAAAAUGCCAGAUCUCUAUGGCUCACAGAUGUGCCCAGGGAAGCUCCCAGAGGGAAUUCCUGAGCAAUGGGCAAGAUUACUCCAAACCUCCAACAUAACAAAACUGGAGCAGAAGAAGAAUCCGCAGGCAGUUCUAGAUGUUCUCAAAUUCUAUGAUUCCAAAGAAACGGUUAACAACCAGAAAUACAUGAGCUUUACGUCAGGAGAUAAAAGUGCACAUGGAUACAUAGCAGCCCAUCCUUCGAGUACAAAAACAGCAUCAGAGCCGCCUUUGGCUCCGCCUGUGUCUGAAGAGGAAGAUGAGGAAGAGGAGGAGGAAGAAGAUGACAAUGAACCUCCACCAGUUAUUGCACCAAGACCAGAGCAUACAAAAUCAAUCUACACUCGUUCUGUGGUUGAAUCCAUUGCUUCACCAGCAGCACCAAAUAAAGAAGCCACACCACCUUCUGCUGAGAAUGCCAAUUCUAGUACCUUGUACAGGAAUACAGAUCGACAAAGAAAAAAAUCCAAGAUGACAGAUGAAGAGAUCUUAGAGAAGCUCAGAAGCAUCGUGAGUGUUGGUGACCCAAAGAAAAAAUACACAAGAUUUGAAAAAAUUGGUCAAGGGGCAUCAGGUACUGUUUAUACAGCACUAGACAUUGCAACAGGACAGGAGGUGGCCAUAAAGCAGAUGAACCUUCAACAACAGCCUAAGAAGGAAUUAAUUAUUAAUGAAAUUCUAGUCAUGAGGGAAAAUAAGAACCCCAAUAUUGUUAAUUAUUUAGAUAGCUAUUUAGUAGGUGAUGAACUAUGGGUUGUCAUGGAAUACUUGGCUGGUGGCUCUUUGACUGAUGUGGUCACAGAGACCUGUAUGGAUGAAGGGCAGAUAGCAGCUGUCUGCAGAGAGUGCCUCCAGGCUUUGGACUUUUUACACUCAAACCAAGUGAUCCACAGAGAUAUAAAGAGUGACAAUAUUCUCCUGGGAAUGGAUGGCUCUGUUAAACUGACUGAUUUUGGGUUCUGUGCCCAGAUCACCCCAGAGCAAAGUAAACGAAGCACUAUGGUGGGGACCCCCUAUUGGAUGGCACCUGAAGUGGUAACUCGAAAAGCUUAUGGCCCAAAAGUGGAUAUCUGGUCUCUAGGGAUUAUGGCAAUUGAAAUGGUAGAAGGCGAACCCCCUUACCUUAAUGAAAAUCCACUCAGGGCGCUAUAUCUGAUAGCCACUAAUGGAACCCCAGAACUCCAAAAUCCUGAGAGAUUGUCAGCUGUGUUCCGUGACUUUUUAAAUCGCUGUCUUGAGAUGGAUGUUGAUAGACGAGGAUCUGCCAAGGAGCUUUUGCAGCAUCCAUUUUUAAAAUUAGCCAAGCCUCUCUCCAGCCUGACUCCACUGAUUAUCGCGGCAAAAGAAGCGAUUAAGAACAGCAGCCGCUAGGACUGCACUCAUUACCCCACACCAUCUCCCUCACGAGUGAGACGGAGCUAAAACUCUGCUGUGGAAAAGAUCGAAUAAAAGACAGUCAUUUGGGGUGGGGGUUCCUUCAUUUUCAACUGAAUAGAAACUUCUUAAAAGCCUUUUUCCUACUCCCUCAGAUUAUGUAAUUUAUUUGUAAGCCUGAAUCGCAGCCCAAGCCGGGCAGCAAUGUCGAAGUGGCCAGGCAGUUGGUCACUUCCACCGUGAAGCGAAAGAGCCAGUAGUGAAUCCCCUCAUUUUGUGCAUUCACUUUGAAGAAAAAGGUUCCUCAAAGAUGCACACUUCCUCUCCAUAGUGUUGUGUUUGUUUUUAAGUUAGAGUAGCCCCUCUUACAUCCGAACCUCCUAUCACACUCCUUACCCAAUGUGAUGUUUUUCACAGGCAUUGUCUUUAGAUGUCCCGAAGAAAAAGAAAGUAUGUCAACACUUUAUAAAAAAAAAAAAUUUAAAAGACAGCAAAAAAGCAAAGC